CAGUCAUAAUAAACACGGUGCUAAAAACGCGUCAGACUCGUCACGAGCUCGGGAAUAACGAUGUCAGGACUGUGGAGGCUGUCAUUCUGCGUGUCCGGGAGUUUGUUUAUCACUUUUCUUUCCCUGGCGAUGUCGAGCUCCUCAUCCGUCAGUCAUCAGAAGCCUCAGAUCCGUCAUCCACUUAUUUAUCCUCCACAAAACAGGAGCAAAACACACAGAUACAGAAAUCACAGCAGAACACACAUCGAUUUAAAAGGGCCCAACGUUUGUGGCAGCAGGUGUUGUCAUUCAUGGCUUGUCAACCCCAAGACCAAACAGUGCACAAAACCAAGAUGUCACCCGCGAUGCCAUAACAGAGCAGUGUGUGGUCGUCUGAACGUCUGUCAGUGUCGUCCAGGCUUUCACGGCCAUCGCUGUGAACAUGUGAACGUCACAGAAACACUGAGCUCAUGGUCUGAAACAAACACUUCUGCUCCUGAAACACACUCUUCUGCUCCUGCGGCUGUGGCAUCCACCACCGUGACCCCUGACCUCUCUACAUCUGCAAAUACAGAUGCUAGAAAAACAUACUCGUUACACUGGCAGCCGCCCAGGUUAAAGGAGUCGCAGUCUGUUCUGUUGAAGAGAGCUCUGUCCAGUGGAACGGCCGGACAGAAGAUCACCAAUGUUAUUCUGAAAUACAUCGAGUCUGAGCGAAGAAAACUGGAAACUUCAUCCUCGACAGGAGUGACUGCAGUCUCCAGCAAUAAAACUUUCCACAGUCAGCGCGGCCAGUACAAGCUCAUCUACAGCGCAGAAUGUGAUGUAUUUCAGUAA